CCCCGUCGCAGGCCACAGUCUGAAGCGCGCCGGCGCGCAAGGUGCACGGACAGUGAGUGUGUGUGUGUGGCAUGCUGUAAGGCUCAACAUGGGGUGUUUUAGUUUGAGAUCGCUGCUGUUGGCAGCCUUCGUUAUAAGUAAUUGUAUCACAUGGACCGCGUCCAGGCACUCCUACACACACAAUAUAUCCGGCCACCGCAGAAGACACAGGCGACAGGGCGCCGGGCAGUACCUUCCAAAUUCAUAUGUCAUCCCCGGAGGGGAGGGUAGUGAGAAAGGCUGGGGCCCAUGGGGGAGCCUCAGCAACUGCUCGCGGCCCUGUGGCGGCGGUGUUGCCAGCCAGAAGAGGAUAUGCCUCACAGAAGGGUCUGGCUCAAGUUGUACGGGAGGCGACACGAAGUACUUCUCGUGCAACACACAGGACUGCCCCGACCAGACCGACUUUCGGGCGGAGCAGUGCGCCGAGUUCAACGACAAACCCUUGAAGGGUAGAAAGUACAGUUGGGUGCCGUACACGAACGGUCCCCGGCCGUGCGAGCUGAACUGCAUGCCAAAGGGCGAGCGGUUCUACUACAGACAGGCGCCGAAGGUCAAGGACGGCACGAGGUGUAAUGACGAGUCCUUUGACGUCUGCGUCGACGGCACCUGUCAGCCGGUGGGCUGCGACAUGAUGCUGGGCUCCAACGCUCGCGAGGACAAGUGCCGCGUGUGCCGCGGUAACGGGACCAACUGCCACACCAACGCCGGUAUCAUCGACAACCAAGAUUACGUCCAAGGAUACAACGAUAUUCUUCUAAUACCCGAAGGAGCAACCAACAUUGUUAUUGAGGAAAUAGACAAAUCUAACAAUUAUCUUGCUCUCCGAUCAAAGAAGGACAACAAGUACUACCUGAACGGCGACUACCAGAUCAGCUUCCCUCACACGAUACAGAUAGCUGGAGUUCACUGGCACUACGAGCGAAGCGUUCAGGGCUUCGCGGCGCCGGACAAGCUGCGGUGCCUGGGACCCAUCAACGAGCCACUUUACCUCUCGCUGCUCCUGCAAGAGCCAAACGUGGGCAUCAAAUACGAGUACAGCAUCCCGAAGGACCUGGCACCGCCCACCAACACCACCUACACCUGGACGCACGAGGAAUUCUCGCCAUGCAGCGUUACUUGCGGCACAGGUUUCCAAACCCGCAACGUGACGUGCCGAACGCGCGACGAGCUUGAAGUCGUGGACGACAGUCUCUGCGACGCAGGGCUCCGGCCUAUUGCCAACGAGACUUGCCAGUUAGCUGAGUGCAUGCCAGAGUGGGUGCCGAGCCCGUGGGGGCCCUGCUCCAAGCUGUGUGGUACUGGAGGCUCGCAAUCGCGGUCUGUGCAGUGCCAGAAGAUCAUCUCUAACGGAUACCCAUCGAUUGUGGAUGAGAACCAAUGCUUCAGACGGCUCGGCGAUAAGCCCGAAGAGCACCAGAAGUGCAACGUCAAUGCUUCUUGCCCGACGUGGUUCACUGGACCUUGGAAACCUUGCGACAAGCUCUGUGGCGAUGGCAAGCAGACGCGUCAAGUGGUCUGCCACAGGAAGACCAACGGCCGAGUGGAAGUGCUGGUGGACGAGAGCUGUGAAGACGAGAAGCCUGCCGCAGAACAGCCCUGUAAUAUCCACCCGUGUGACGGCAUCGACUGGGUUAUAUCCAACUGGACUGGGUGCGACUCCUGUGUCUCCAAGUACUAUACUCGUGAGGCCCUCUGCGUCACCAAGGACCGUCAGGUCGUAGACUCAGCAUUGUGUUCAUACCAUCGCAAGCCGGAGAUGCAGAAACCGUGUGACGAGUCCAAACUGCCGGCUUGUGAGGCGCAGUGGUAUGCCACGCAGUGGACCAAUUGCUCUGUGGACUGCGGCGUAGGCGUGAAGACGCGCAAAGUGUUCUGCGGCUUCUUCGACGGUGGCUCAGUACAGAAGGUCGACGAUGCCAAAUGUGACGCCGAGUCUAAGUACAACGACACUACUCCAUGCGAAGUUCCUGCAGGCAACUGCCCUGCUAACUGGUUCACAGCCAACUGGACCGAGUGCACCAAAGAAUGCGACGGCGGCGUGCAGUACCGUAAGGUGAUGUGCCUGAGCGGCGGCAACGCCUCCAGCUCGUGUCCCGAAGCAGAGAUGCCUGAUGAAGAACAAUCCUGCAACCCUGAGCCCUGCAACAUUGACGAGCUGUUGUCCGUGUCGUCCACAACGGUUAUGGACGACGACGAUCUGCCCGACUGCGAGGAAGAGGAGGAUGAAGAGGUCGGCGCGGAGCUUCUCACCAGCACCUCGCUCAGUGACAUGAUGUUUAGUGACGCUUCGUCUACAGCAGAAGGUUCCGGAGCUACUGAAACGGAAUUCGAUUUCAGCUCGUUCUCAACAGUAACCGGAUCAGAUAUCACAGAAUUAGGCUCUGGCGAAACUGACUUAACCACGGAGUCUGGAUCUACGGUUACCGGCUCUGACUUGACUGAAGAGACCGGCUCAACAAGCUCGGGUGAAACUGGGGACACCUCAACACCAGGCUCUACAGACACUGGCUCAACAGUCUCGGGCAGUGACACUACUGGUUCAGGCGAGACCACCGAAACAUCAUCAGGAUCAUCAGGUUCAGACCUGACGGAGGGCACGGGCUCCACCGUGGCUGGUGAGACCACGACACCUGGUUCCACGGUGUCUGGAGAGACCACAGUAUCAGGAUCCACGGACGGGUCCACUGGAGUCUCAAGUAGCGGUGACACCUCUGCCUCGGGAUCUAGCUCCGACACCAGCUCAACGGUGGCUGGUGAAACCACAACUGCUGGGUCUACCGUGGCUGGAGAGACCACGACCGGUGGGUCAACCGUCAGUGGAUCUACUGGAGUCUCGAGCAGUGAUGCUUCCACCUCAAGCGAACCUACUGAAACGACCUCAGAAGAAACUACACCAACUAGCUCAACUUCUGACUCAACAACGGACAGUUCUGAGACUACAACAUCCAGUGGGGAGACCACAACACCUGGUGGGGAGACCACAACUCCCGGUGGGGAGACCACUACAGCCGGAUCAGGGUCGACGACCCUUGGCUCCUCUGUGGCGGGAGAGACCACAACCUCUGGCUCUGGCGCUACUACAUCUAGCGGAUCCACGGUCACAAGUGACGGUUCAUCUACUAGCCCUGGAGAUAUCAGUUCCACGACUGAAGGCGGCACAACAGUUAGCGGGUCUACAGAAACUGGCGGAUCUACUGAAACCACUGAGACAGGCACUGGAUCCACCGAAACUGGAGGUUCCACUGAAACUACAGAAGCUGGUAGCUCGUCGUCUAGUGGAAGCACUGAACUUGGCGGCUCCACACCUAGUGAAACUACCGAAACUGGUGGUUCGUCUUUAUCCACUACGGAAGGUUCCACCGGUUCAACUGAGGAAGGCUCUUCUACAACUACCGAUGCUGGAGAAACCACUCCAUCGGGUAGCACAGAAACCGGAGGUUCGACGGAAUCAGGCGCAACUGAAUCAACUACAGAAGCCGGAACCGGAUCUACUGAGAGUUCUUCAUAUGGCUCAACUGAUGGAACUACUGAAUCCGAAGAAAGCACGCGUUGGGACUUGUCCACCGUACUGUCAACGAAGUCUACGCGCUGCAGACCGAGGAACAAGCCGGCCAAGUGUAUCAAGAGCAAGUUCGGGUGCUGCCCCGACAAGAAGACACCUGCAGGCGGGCCGUUCGAUGAAGGAUGUCCAACCCCAACAACUUGCAAGGACACGAAAUACGGCUGCUGCCCCGAUGGCGUGUCUCCAGCUGGUGGCCCACGCAAUAGGGACUGUCCCGUGCCCAACUGUGAGGAGACCCUGUACGGGUGCUGCAAGUCUGACCGCAAGACACCCGCUGAGGGCAAUGACCAGGAGGGAUGCCCGCCGGCUUGCAAGUUCUCCAAGUUUGGUUGCUGCGCGGACAAUGAGACCAAAGCCACCGGACCGCAUAAGGCGGGAUGCCCUGAAACAUCUACAACUACUACAGAGUCACCCACGGACGCAACUACGGGAUCUGAUGCAUCGACAGAAACCGGAUCUACCGAAGAAACCACCACAGAAACGACAACCGAACCAGUCACCGAAAAAUGCGAAAUCGUUGAUGGAAAGGAAGUGUGCCACGCGUGCAGUACCUCCGAGUUCGGGUGCUGUGACGACGGUGACACACCAGCGCACGGACCCAACAAGCUCGGUUGCUGUCUGCUUACGCCGCACGGCUGCUGUCCUGACAACUACCAACCGGCGACUGGCCCCAAUCAAGAAGGUUGCGACUGCAAGAAUGCUCCAUUCGGCUGUUGCCCCGACCAAAGAAGCUACGCUACAGGACCCGAUAACGCAGGCUGUGGCUGCGAGCAUACCCCACACGGAUGCUGCCCUGACAGGCACACCGAAGCCACCGGCCCCAACUUCGAAGGCUGCAGCUGCCAUACCUACCAGUUCGGUUGCUGCCCCGACGGCAAGACGCCCGCCGUCGGCUUCAACCUCCAGGGCUGCCGUUGCCAGGAGACCACACACGGGUGCUGUGGUGACGGUGUCACCGCCGCCACUGGACCCAACCAGGAAGGCUGUGACUGCGCCUCCAGCAAGUAUGGAUGCUGCCCUGAUGGAGUCACUGAGUCCCAGAGCAAGAACUUCACUGGUUGUGCUGAUGCUCCUGUUAAUAAGCAAGCGGCCUGCGCCCUGCCGUACGAGCAAGGACCUUGCACCAACUACUCCAUCCAAUGGUUCUACGAUACCGACUAUGGCGGCUGCUCCCGAUUCCAUUAUGGCGGCUGCGAGGGCAAUGGCAACCGCUUCGCAGACAAGGCCGAGUGCGAAGAUGUGUGCGUCAAACCUGCUCCGAGAGAUGCCUGCCACCUACCCAAGGUGAAGGGUAGCUGCACAAACAACCCAUCUAUCCGCUGGUACUACGAUGACACUUACCAGAGGUGUCUGCAGUUCCAUUACGGCGGUUGCCUUGGUAACGCCAACAACUUCGACAAGCAAGAAGAGUGCGAGAAGCAAUGCGCGCCUAAACAUAGUGAAGAAGAACAGUGCCAGCUGCCGAUCGAAGAAGGCCCGUGCGCCGGGAAGUUCAGUCGCUGGGGCUACAACGAAACUACGGAGCGCUGCGAAGAGUUCCAGUGGGGAGGCUGCGAGGGCAAUCCCAACAGGUUCAUAUCUGAGGCAGCUUGCAUGCUGAAGUGUAAUCCACCAGGCACAAAGAAACCUGUGUGCGAGCAACCUCAGGACGCUGGCAACUGCACUGACAACCUUCCCUACUGGUCCUUCAACCGGGACGAGGACAGAUGCGUUCCCUUCUAUUACGGCGGCUGUGGUGGCAACGACAACAAGUUUAGCGACCAGAAACAGUGCGAGGAGGCUUGCCCGAAAUCAUUUGUGAAAGACAAGUGUACCUUGCCGGCGGCACCCGGAGAGUGCAGGCAGUUCCGAUUAAGAUGGUUCUUCGACACCAAACACCAGCAAUGUCGCCAGUUCCCAUACGGUGGAUGCGGUGGCAAUGAUAACAACUUCGUGUCAGAGGACUUGUGCAACCUGGAGUGCAAUCGCCCGACCACCCCGCCGCCACCACCCCCGCGACCAGAAGCAACAUGCCUCCAGCCGACUGUGGCUGGCGGCUGCUCAGGCCACGAGGAGCGGUGGACGUACUCCGCCGCUAAACAGUGUGUCCCGUUCGUGUAUACUGGCUGCGGUGGGAACGACAACAAUUUCCCCUCCAAGGAGUUCUGCGAGAUCAUUUGCGCGCCGCAAGACGUAUGCUCGCUGCCAGCGGAAGUGGGUCUGUGCCGCGCUGCCAUCCCGCGCUUCUACUUCAACGCAGCUUCGCGACGCUGCGAGCCCUUCACCUACGGCGGCUGCGGUGGAAACCACAACAACUUCGAGACUAUACAGGAGUGCGAACAGCGUUGUGCACCCGCUCCCGUCAAUCAUCCCGAUGUGUCACCCGAGUGCCGCGUGGCAUCCCUCGACCAAUGCCGAGGAGUCGGCCGCAUGUGGUACCUGGACCCGUCUAGCGGGCGCUGCACGCUGUACGACCCGCAACCCGGGGCGCCCAGCUGUGAGCUGCCUGGCAUCUUCAGCUCGCCCGAGGCUUGCGAGCGAGCCUGUGGUGACUUCAAAGAGAUAGGUGACGUGUGCCGGCUGCAGAAGGACGCGGGCCCGUGCUCGGAGCGCCAGCCCAAGUUCUACUUCGACGCGGCCACGGGAUCCUGUCUCGCCUUUAUGUAUGGCGGGUGCUUCGGCAGCGCCAACCGGUUCUCAACUGAGGCGGAGUGCGAGGCCGUCUGCCUGCCUGAAUUACUUGACCCGUGCAAGCAGCAGCCGAGCGCAGGCAACUGCAGCGAAACGAUCGAAAGCUGGUAUUACGACGAAGGCCGCGACGAGUGCGGAGAGUUCUACUACACUGGCUGCGGCGGCAACGACAACAGAUUCCAAAGUAGAGAGGAAUGCGAGGGACAAUGCAAGAAGGGCGGAGUGCCGGUACCACCAGUGGACGAUCAAUGCCGCACGCCAGUGUCACUCGAGCCUUGCGGAGAAUCGAGCAUCGCUUUCUACUACGACUCCGAACAGUCUCACUGUAUCCCCGCCCCGAUCGGGGGCUGCACAGAGUAUGCGAACAAAUAUAGCACUGAGGAAGAGUGCUUGAGGAGUUGCGGCGAAUUCAAAGGAAAAGACGUGUGCCGCGCGCCGCUCGACCCCGGCCCAUGCCGCACCUCAUCCCAGAAGUACUACUGGAACCUGCGCGAGGGCCGCUGCGAGCCCUUCACGUACGGCGGCUGCGGCGGCGGCCCCAACCGCUUCUCCAACCAGCCCGAGUGUGAGGAGGUCUGCGGGCAUCUGGCCAUCGACCCCAGCGUGAACGAGGUGACUGGCUGCGAGGCUGCCCAGGCCGAGUGCGCGGCGCUAUCGUGCCCGUACGGAGUCGACAGGACUAGGGAUCCAUACGGCUGUGACAGAUGUACCUGCAUAGCCCACCCGUGCGAAAACAAGCAGUGUCCGGACGGCCAACGCUGCGUGAUCGUUGUUAACUAUGACGCCACCACAGGCAGCACGAAGUAUGUUGGAGAUUGUGGAGUAGCGGAGAAACCUGGCACGUGUCCCGCGGAGGAGGCAGAUCCUUCCAGCACCUGCCACGUGGAGUGUAACGAUGACGCCGACUGUCGCGGCGAGCAGAAGUGCUGCAGCAGCGGAUGCAGCAGGCUGUGUCGGGAGCCAGAGGGCGCGGAGCCGGCACCAGUCGACUGCUCGGCGGAGCAGGCCCGAUGCGCGUCGCUGCAGUGCGAGCUGUCGAUGCAGAGGACUCGACUGCAGAAUGGCUGCGAGCGAUGCGACUGCGUCAGGACUGAGCCCAACUGCCAGCCGUUCGUGGACGAGUGCAACGCGCUCAAGUGCAACUAUGGACCGAUCACUAGGACUACUGACGCUGAUGGAUGCGAGAGGUGUACGUGCAUAGCUCACCCGUGCGAAGGCAAGCAGUGCCCAGAGGGCCAACGCUGCACGGUGACGGCCUCGUACGACGGCCCGACCGGCAGCACACAGUACACUGGCGAUUGCGCGAUUGUGGACAAGCCCGGCACAUGCCCCGCGGAGCAGAGCUCCUCAGGCUCCUGCCACGUGGAGUGUAACGACGACGCGGACUGCCGCGGCGUGCAGAAGUGCUGCAGCAGCGGCUGCAGCCGCCUCUGCCGCGCGCCAGCUGGACCCGAGAAUGAAGUGCAGAUGCCUCGGGAACCUCAAGCGCCAGCACCGAAUCCAGAGACGGAACAUGAAGUGAGCUCAUCUGAAGGAGGCACCGCGACACUGCGCUGUCUGUUCCACAGCAACCCGCCACCCAAGAUCACGUGGAGGAAGGGAGAGAUCACGAUCGACGGCAACCAAGGCCGCUACCGCCUGACCUCUGACGGCGCGCUGCAAAUUGUGUCACUGUACCGCGACGACUCAGGUGUCUACAUCUGUGUGGCCGAGAACGAACUGGGAACCUCGCAGCAGGAGAUCGAGCUGCGUGUUGACGGUCCCGUGGAAGCGCCCGCCGGGAUCGUCGGCGAGUCCGAAUCGGAAGUGAUCGGUGAUAUCGGACAUAAGCUCCGUAUCCGGUGCCUCGCGUACGGGUUCCCGACGCCGUCGAUAGCGUGGUACCACCGCCCGACGGGGACUAUGGUUCCUUACGACAGCGCGAAGUACGAAGCCAGAGGAAACGAGUUGCUGAUCAAGUCACUUGGGAUUGAUACGUUGGGAGAGUACACGUGUCAGGUGUUCAACGGGCUAGGGAAAGCGGUGUCGUGGACGGUGACGGUGCGGGCGGAGCGCGCGGACGCGAGCUGGCCCGACAGCCCGUACCUGGUGCAGCGCGGCAUCGCGCCGCCGCCGCGCCCGCGGACCGAGCCCCCGGCCCCGCAAGAAGAGCGAUACCCAUCAUACCCGGUUGAUAUCCCGCCCGUACCUCCGCAGUACACCGUGCCGGUGCGAACUUCGCUCCGCGCGCCGCAGACGGCGCUCGCGACGGGAGGGAGACUCGAACUCUCAUGCGAGGUGGAUGGGCACCCUGAACCUCGCGUCUACUGGACCAAGGACAACGUGCAACUGGCUGAAAGCGACAGGAUCUACAUCACACCGGCUCGUCUCAGCGUAAGCCGCCUGGUAGAAGAGGAUGCCGGUGUGUAUGGAUGCCACGCCGACAACGGACACAGCAGCCACCACUCCGUGGUGCAGAUCAGCGUACAGAAACUGUACAUCCCAGAACUGUGCAAGGAUAACCAGUACUUCGCCGACUGCAAGCUUAUAGUGAGAAGCAAGCUAUGCCGACACGAAUACUACUCCAAGUUCUGCUGCAAGUCGUGUGUGGAGGCGGGCGCGCUGGACGCUCAGACCUUGGAGUUCCAAGGAGACUCAGCGUUCACCUACAAGAAGAAGUAAACGCGUAAUGUGACCAAUGAACACCCGUGGAUGCUCGCCCUUACAUCAACUGUGUGUAGCGGGCUUAAAAUGGUCGCCUUGAUCCAUAGACAAACCACCACUCUCCAAAGAAACUGUUUUUAAUUUUAGAAAUUAUAGACAAAAUUUAUCAGUCAGUAAAAAAACGCGGCAAAUUAAAAAAAUAGGUGCGAAAUAAAAAUUGUUAUUGUUCCAUACAAAACCGCGCGUUUUUCUACGUCUACGGAAAAACUUGUUUCUUGCGCAUUUUGGUAAUGAAUAAUUGAGAAGAUGAUGGUUUGUCGAAAUUGAUAAGCGUGGCCCUGUGGUUAUUAGUUUCUGGUAGUAGAUAGCACGCUAGUCCUUACCGAAAUGUGCCUUGUAAUUAUAGAUUGAUGAUACCAUGGCCUAAUAGUAGAUAUUGUAAGAAAAAAAUUGUAUUAAACCUCUUGCACUUGUUUACUUAUGAGAAAGUGUUAGAUACCGAAGAAGGGACAUAGGUUAUAUUAAAUUCAUACCAAACUUACCUUUCGUGGUUAUCUAAAACGUUUGCUCAUUCCCAAAUGAAUAGUUACCUGUAAAAUUAAUACAUUAACAUACGUCUCAUAUAGGGUAAAACUACAGGCAAGCGUGGCAUACGGAUAACGGUUUACGCACAGAUUAAAAAUUGCCUGUACAUAGGGAACUUGACUGUAGUUCAAAUAAAAUAUUUUAUACUGAUUUUAUACCAUGCACGAAAUAAAGCAUCAGAUAA